AUGAGCCAGGUUAUCGAAGAGGUCAAGGCCUUCCUCGCAGGAUCCCAAGAAACCUUGAGUCUGCCACCUAUGGACCCACACACGAGAAAGGGCGUCCAUGAGUUGUCGCACAAGCUCGGUAUCAAGUCCAAGUCGAUCGGAGGCGGCGAUCAGCGUAGACCAGUGCUGUACAGGACGAAAAAGACGUCAUACAACGAACGGGAAUUCGAGCAGGUCAUUGUGAUGAUCAAGAGAAGAUUCGGCCGCCAACCAUCGUUCAAGGCGGAUAGCAGGAAAAACAGGCAAGGCCAAAAGGGACCGAAGGGACCAAAGGGCUCAAAGCCGCUAGGUCGAUCCGGCGGCGGCGCUUUUAGCUAUCACGAAGGCGAAGUCAUUGGCGCGUCGGCGCCAGAGCUGGGGACUGAGAAUCGAGGCCGAGCCAUGAUGGAGAAGAUGGGCUGGAGCACCGGGACGCCUCUUGGCGCCAGCGACAAUCAGGGUAUCCUGCAUCCUGUGAGCCAAACGAUGAAAAAAUCCCGGGCGGGCCUCGGACAGGAGUAA